UCUAUCGAAGUUGCCCUCAUUAUUGUCGUUCAUCGACAUCGAUGCAUCUAUGCUAGGAUGGAUGUCCCUGAUGAUGAGUCAGCGGAAUGAAUGCCCGAAGCCGGCUAGCGUCCUCCAUCUGCACUUGAACUUCCUUCACAUCUAAUGAACAUCUCAACACCGCCAUCACCACUCCAUCGCCUCCAGCAUCUUCAUCACCGGCCAUCAUGGCGUUUCCGGGCAUGGGAGGCAUGGGCGCCGGUCAGGGCGGUGCAGAUGCCCAAAGAAUGCAGGAGCAGCAAAUGGUGAAAUACAUGCAAGCCGCAAUGGAAUCGUGUCCCAGCAAACUCGUCCUCGCCGGCGGCAUGGGAUUCGGACUCGGCGGCCUGUUCGGUGUCUUCAUGGCGAGCAUGCGCUACGACACUCCCCUCUCCGCUGGAAUGCCGGGCGGCGUAGGGAGUCAAAUCACCGACAUGCCGGUGCGCGAGCAGCUGCGCAUCGGCUUCAAAGACAUGGGCCGCAGCGCGUACUCUACCGCAAAGAAUUUCGGCUAUAUCGGUGCCGUGUUCGCUGGUUCGGAAUGCGCGAUCGAAGGCCUGAGGGCGAAGAAUGAUCUCGCGAAUGGAGUGGCGGCUGGAUGCUUCACUGGGGGAUUUCUGGCGAGGAAUGCUGGGCCGCAGGCUAUGGCGUUUGGAUGUGCGGGGUUUGCGGCCUUUUCGGCGGCUAUUGAUGCUUACAUGCGAAUGCCGAGUGAUGAUCGGGCGUCGGACCCUAUUAUAUGAGUCUUUCGCCUGAAGUAUGAUCGGACAAGUGGCAGACCCGGCGACAGCUGCAGAGGGAAGCAGGCACGAACACCACCGGGAGCUAUCCACCAAACACCCACUAAACCAUUACUCAACGUCGCCAGCUGGUCCGGCAGACAGGACGCUCGGGAUGGCUCCGUGAGCGAGUUGGCCGAUCCCUCCGGCCUUCUGUGCUGGAAUACUCGAGUAGCACUCAUGGGUGCAUACUGGCAUUGACACUCAACUCUUCACACAAGCGACUGCGCCAGCCGGUCUAAACCGAGACUUUCUGUCAGCCUUGUGUCUUCGGCUCUGCCAAGUGGAUGAGCUGCUUUCUAGACACAGAACCUAAAGUCUCGUCUCUGAAUAUGACAUCGUGUAUAAUUAUUUCAAAAGCAGUAUUGGCACUCACAAUUCCAGUUUCCUCAAUACCUGUCG